UCGUCACGCCGUUAGUUUCUCCCUCCGUGCCCCCCCUCCCCGGCUCGGAGGAGAUGGUAGAACCCACUUCCGGAUUUCCAUCCUCCCAGCCCCGCCUCCGGCCGCAGGAAAUCUCGCGAUGGAGGGAGGAGGCGGUACACCCCCAGAAAUACUUGAAGAAAGUCAGUCAGGAUGUAGUCUACCUACAGGUCUUGGAGCCAACGGUUUGAAGAAAAGCAGUUGGGGGUUCUUCCUUACUGGGAUUGUUGGUGGGACCCUGGUGGCCGUGUAUGCCGUGGCCACCCCGUUUCUAACACCGGCCCUCCGAAAAAUUUGUUUGCCAUUCGUUCCUGCAACUACAAAGCAGAUUGCCAACGUUGUGAAAAUGUUGCAUUGCAGAAGAGGAUCCCUGGUCGACAUUGGCAGUGGCGACGGACGUGUUGUGAUAGCAGCUGCAAAGGAGGGAUUCACUGCUGUUGGUUAUGAAUUAAACCCAUGGCUCGUUUGGUACUCCAGAUACCGUGCUUGGCGAGAAGGGGUGCAGGACUCUGCCAAAUUUUAUAUUUCAGAUUUGUGGAAGGUUACUUUUUCGCAGUACACAAACGUGGUUGUUUUCGGUGUGCCUCAGAUGAGAAACCUCAAGUAAGGAACUUGUGACAUUUCAGCGUUCCCAAGAAAAAGUGGGGCAGCUGAAGUACACAAAGCAUCCAUGUUCCCUGGAAUGAGCGAGAGGGGUUCAGCCAGCGUGCAGUUUUCCAUGCAGGUGUAUUGUUCACGGGACCCACAGGGGAUCGUUCAUGUGUGCAAGGCCCCGCUCGUAACCCUCAUGGAGCUUCACCUACGUGGAGCAGGGAAGGGGAGGGACGGUGCUGGCUGGGGAUUCAGGCGGCCAGCUCUGCUCUCCGGGGUCGUGGGAGCCCCGAUCGGAUCGUCUUUAGUGAAACGCACUUCCCUCGUCUGAGCGCUGGUCGGCAGUCCAGUCAUGGCAUCGUGGCUCAGCAAAGCCAGCGGAGCAUGAAUGUUCCUGUGGCGGCUGAGGCCCACACAGGCCCGGAGAGAGCUAGGGGAGUACGUAGGGAACGUGAGAGGUGGAAACCUGGUGUUCUAGAACUCGUCCACCCCGCUUCUCAUACCGCACUGACUGUUGAGCUUUUGUGGCUCAAAACUCAUUUCAACAGGUGUGUCUGUAACCCCCCCCAGGAGUGAGGAAUCUCGUCCAGAUCUGGUAAAUCCAGUGCUAGCAUGGUAAAUACCCACGUGUAACUUGAGCUUAUGUUCUUUUCAAAAUGUGAGAAGAUCAGUCCUGCCCUUGUUUAAAACGCGCCCAGGACGUCUUGCUGCUUUAAAGCAGUGAAGAUAAGGCCUGAAUGCUCCACGUGGCCUGAGGCCUGGCGUGGAGCGGCCCCUGCUUCCUUCAGCUCUGUGCUUGCCAGCCCCCUGCCCUUCUCCCGGCCCCUGGACUCCACUGUGUGAGCCGUGUUCUUCCCUCUGACCUAAGUCCCCCCAGCUCUCGGCCUAGUUGGCGAGCUGCUGACCACUCACAGGUCGGGUGUCCUUUCCUCCAGGAAGUCAUCCCUGAUUGCCCAACGAGACAGACCCCAGUGCCCCUGUUUUCCAUCUGCACAGUGCCUGUUCCCUCUCCGUAGUGAGAUUGUAUUUACUCACACGAUGGCUUCGGCAGGUUUGCCGUGUGGACCGCACGGUGAGCUCAAGAGUGAGGGCCGGCCUGUCUUUGCUCCCAGACCCCCAGUGCAGCGGCACCAGUGCAAAGUAAUGACUCAAAUACUCAUUAAAUGAAUGAACGAGUAUGGUAGAAACAUAUCCGUUAAUGACACUUCCUAGUGGGCUGUUAAAUUUCAUAACUUUCAAAGACUGACUAAUUUAAUUUUAGUUACAGAUCCUGUUGUGAAUUGAUGAACGAAAACGUUAUCGUGUUCUGAUAAAGAUAAAUGAUUCACAACGGAAUCCUUUAUCCUUCGUCCAUCCAUUCAACAAUUAUUUAUUCGGUGCCCCUAAGUGCCAGGUUCUGUUCUAAUCACUUGGGUACUUUAGUGCGUGAGAAAGAGAAACAUCCUUGCCCCGAGGUGCCUGUACACUAGUGAGGAGAGCAGCUCUUACCUGGGGGUACCUAUGUGAGAUGUGUCGUUCGGUAGCAGGAGGUAAGUGCCGUGGGGCAGACUAAAGCAGGAGAGGGAGGGGAGGAGACAGUGCCCCUGAAGAGGACGUGCGGAGGUAAGGGGGAACGUGCCAGGCAGAGCCAUUGUGGAGGCGCCCAGGGGUGUGUGCCUGUGGGGUUCCAGCAGCAGCAGGUGGGGGGGGGGGUGGCAGGAGCAGGGAGAGGUGACGUCAGAGGGGAAAUGGGGGCCGUGCUGUCGGAAUGCAGACGCCGUGGUGGGUUUGGGCAGAGGAGCAGAGGACCUGCCUGGGUUGCAGAGGAUCUCAGGCUGCUGUGUGGACGCCGAGUGCGGGUGGAAGCCAGGAGACGGGUUCUGAGCUCUUGCAGGCAUCCAGACGGUAGGUGUGCUAGGCUCUUGUCCGGGCAGAAGCGGUCAGGUUCCAGAGGCAUCGUGGAGAUGCCAGCAGGAUGAGCCGGCACAUCCGGUGUGAGGCGUGCGAGAAAGAGGGACCAAGGGCACCUUGAGGGCUUUGGCCGGACUAACUGGAAGUUUGCAGUUGUGACUGAGCUGGGAAAGGUGCAGGCUGUGUGGACCGAGGAGGAGGGCCGGGGGUUCCUCGGGCAGGUGAAGCCCGAAAUGUGUGUGGAGGUGUGAGGUCGGCAGUGGUGGGCGGAGGGGGUCUGAGACUCAGGAAGGGGAGGGGGCUGGAGACUGUGCAUCAGUCCCCGAGGGAGCUGAAGCCCGGGAGUGGCCGAGGUCACCCGGGAGGAGGCAGAGCGGGUCGGGUCUGGAGUUCUGGCCUCUGACAAAUGAGGGCACCCAGCCAAGGACCCUAGAGGAGGCGUUGGGUAGGAGGAAAGCCCCGGGGGGGUGGCGGUUACCCUAGGAGCCCGGUGAAGCCAGUGUUUUGGGGAGGAGGGAGACGUCAAGGGGCUCAAGAGCUGCUCAUGGGUAUGGCUAAGUUGUCCUAUGUCUUAGAGCUGGUUUCACCUUAGGCUUAAAGUUUUGAAGAUGUAAUUAGAAUAUGACGAGUUCGUGUCACUUUGAGACCUAUAAUUGUAUGAAUAAUUUUGAAUUCCAUUAGACAGACAUGACACAUCACUGCCUCUCUUUGUGCGUGAUAUCAAGACCCGGGCUCAUUGCAUAUUUAUGUGUAAUUUAGCCAGUUAAUUUCUUGUGAUUGAAAUAGCUCCUUUCAUUUGUGGGUUUAUCUUGACUUAGCAUAUGACAGUCAUUGGGAAAUAAAGGAAACCGUAAAAGAGAAAAGAAUCAUGGUAACAUGAAUAAGUUUACAAUUAUUCUUUUUAUGAAUAAAAUUACCAUAAGAAAUCUCUGAUACUUUGGAAACAUACAUAUUGUCUCAUUCUUCGCCUAUUUAAUGUUUCCCUCAAGGAACAAAACUUUCUUUUCUUUCUUUCUUUCUUUUUUUUUUUUUUUUUUUUAAAGAAAUCUUUCACUGGCUGUUAAAAGAGUAGAAAUAUCCCAUCCUUAAUGGAAUUUACUUUUGGUUAUAUUGGUAUUAAUUGUAAUGAAGAAUUAGAAUUUUGGCUCUCUGUAGCCUUAGGCCAUGUAGAGGACUUUCCCCAAGCCGCUUUUUAAAGAUAUAGAUCAGGAGUAAAGUUUUUAUAGAAGCACUGUCGAUUUGUUUGUAGUUUUAAAGGGAUUCGUUUUGCUCAGGUCUUGGUUUUGAGAUAGCAUUUCCCAUUUAGAGGAACCAGGAAUGUUUGAGAGGUAGUUGAUCUGAGGGCUGAGUUGGGGACCAAUAACAAAAGCCUGGGGUGUUUUGUUGAUCCCAAGUCUAAGGAAGUGUUCAGAAUAUUUGUUGUGGGCACAUCCAAAGGAGAGAGAAGCCAACUUGAGGAGGCUCCUGGUGGCCAGACGGGGGCAGUCUGAGCAUCAGAAGAAACAAGGGUGAUAGUGGAUUACAACCCAUUGAACGAGAUAGGAAUCUGGGAGCUGUUACUUAUGGCAAUAGGUAGAUCGGUAGAAAAGAAGGGAGAGUUCUUCCUUAUGGUAGAAUGCUGACUGUCAGCCUGGAAGGAAUGAUGGAAUUAGCAAAUGGCCACUCUGCAACCGUAUAGGGAAAACGGACUCAGGCGGGUCAUCCAGAAUGCUGCAUCUCGUGAGGGACAGUUCGAUGAGCGGCAGGAUACUUACAUCAUCUCAAGUUAAGUCUGACAAAUUACUCAUUAUGAAGGAAAAUUAGUAACCCCACUAUGGAGAUGCCAGGUGGUGACUAUCAGUCUCAAAGCAGAAAGUCCUCACGGGUGCCUGACUCUGGGGCCCUGAGAAGCUCACCGCCCCUCUUGUGGGGCAUCGCCAAAGAUGCACGUGCUGAGUUGUCACGAGCAUGCAUCAGAUGAUCCAGGGUGCGGGCCACCGGGGAAAUAACUGGCCUGUAUUCCUAAAGCUGUCAUGGGACAAAGGAAGGUCACGGAACUGCUCCAGAUUGAAGUAGACUAAGGAAACCUUCUAGCUGAAUGCAAUAUGACAUCUAAGGAAAAACAUCAUAAAGGACGUUAUUGGGACUUUAGGCAAAAUUGGAAUGCGAUUGGAAUUAUUAUUAUUGGAAUACAAUCUUCAAUAUCCUGAAUUUGAUAACUGAGCUGGGCUUAUGUCUUAGGAAGCACUGAGGCAUCAAGGAACAAAAGGGCAUGUGUGUGCAACCUGUUCCCAAAUGGUUUAGGAAAAAUAUAGAGGAAGAGGGCAGGUUGGAGAGAACAAAUAUGACAGAGUAUUAAGAAUUGGUGAAGCCGGGUAAAGAAGUACAGGAGUCCUUUGUUUUCUUCUUGCAACUGUUCUCUAAAUUUGAAAUGACUUCAGAAUAACGAAUGAAGAAAGUGGAAAAAAUACUUCUAGGAGGUAAAACUGGUAGGAUCUGAAGAUAAAUUUUUAAGUGAUUGUUAAUUUGCCGUUGUGAUUACGAUGACAGUGUUUUCAGCAGGUAGAUUGGUAAUAAAAGAACACAAAAAUGAUAAAAGGAUUUUACUUUUUAGAAGAUAUGUUGAUUGUCAACAAAUUAUCAGUGUAUUAUCGAUACAUUUUUGAAGAAUUAUGAAAUAUUUCAUUAUAUUUCAAGUUGGUAGAGUCUAUUUUUUCAUGGUCUAAUUUAAUAAUACCAUAUCUUACUGAAUCUAGAUGCUGUCAAUUUUAAGAUGCCCCGUUGCUAUUGAGAAAGAAAAAAAUACUGCCAAUUGUAAAUCUAAGAUUAUGUCCAUUGUAAGGUGUAUCCUGAUUUCAGAGAUGUUAAAAUGUGUGGGAAAAUGUGUGAAAUAGUUGAGACAGGGUGGAUUGAGAUGCUAGGUGGGAAAAUAAAGCUGCUUCUCAUUUUAA